CUUGCCUUGAGUACAGCAAACCGAACUCAUCACUCCUGACGCUAUGAGCUGCUACGGCAACUACUACGGAGGCCUGGGCUAUGGCUGUGGAAGUUUUGGUGGCCUACGCUGUGGCCGUGUCUGGGGAUGUGGCAGCGGCUGGGGAUGUGGCAGCGGCUGGGGAUGUGGCAGCGGCUGGGGAUGUGGUGGCUUCCGCAGAAGGGGCUGUGGCUGGGGUUGGGGAGGCUGCAGAUACGGCUGCUGCCGCCCAUCUUGCUAUGGAAGAUAUGGAUUCUCUGGCUUCUACUGAAAUCCUGCCCCAGAAGCCCAACAUCUGAGGCCACAAAAGGAUUACCCAAAUUUGACUACAAUAACCGAACCAAACAAGAUCAUCGAGGGCCAA